AUGAUUGGUCUGGUAAAUCUAGUGUUCGUCGGAGGUGAGUUGAAUGCAUGUUACAAUGCCGUUGAUCGUCACGUUGAAGCUGGUAAUGGUGAAAAAACGGCUAUCAUUUAUGAUAGCCCUCAAACAUCAACCAUUAGAAAAAUUAGUUAUAAUGAAUUAUUGCAAAAAACAUCGUUGCUGGCCGGUGCUUUAGCGGAUAUGGGUGUCGUUAAAGGCGAUAAGGUUAUCAUUUACAUGCCACUUAUACCGGAAACCAUAAUUACCAUAUUGGCUGUUACUAGACUUGGUGCUAUCCAUUCGGUUGUUUUCGGAGGAUUCGCUGCUAACGAAUUGGCCAAUAGGAUAGAUCACGCGGAACCCAAGGUCAUCGUUAUUGCCAGUUGUGGUCUUGAACCUCAUAAAAUUAUUAAGUAUACAACGAUGCUGAACAAUGCACUGGAAUUAAUAUCGGUUAAAGAACCUGAAUGCAUUAUAUUUCAAAGGAGUAAUGUUUGGACUUGUCCUCUUCGUCCUAAUCAGUACGAUUGGGAAAAAAUAUUGAAAACUGCAAAACCCCAUCCCUGCGUUCCGGUAGAAGCUAACGAUCCUUUAUAUAUUUUAUACACAUCAGGGACAACAGAUCGUCCAAAAGGAAUUUUAAGACCUAUCGGUGGUCACUUAGCAACACUUUGCUGGUCAAUGAACACGAUUUACGGGAUGAAUAAAAAUUCGGUUUGGUGGGUUGCUUCAGACAUGGGUUGGGUUGUCGGACAUUCUUAUAUUUGUUAUGGUCCUUUGGUUUAUGGUGCUACCAGCGUGAUGUACGAAGGAAAACCUGACAGAACACCAGACUCUACCCAAUACUUUAGAAUAAUAGACGAGCAUAAAGUAAAUGCAUUAUUCUGCGUGCCAACUGUAUUACGAGUUUUGAAACAUGCCGAUCCUCAUUGUACCCUGGGUAAAAAAUACUCUACGAAAUCAUUGCAGACGAUAUUCGUUGCUGGGGAAUAUUGCGAUUACGAAACAAAAUUAUGGGCUGAAAGUAUAUUCAAUGUUCCGGUAAUAAAUCAUUGGUGGCAAUCGGAAACGGGACACCCGAUAACUGCUUUAUGUCUUGGAUAUGGUGUCGAUUUUUAUUUGCCUAAAUUUAGCACGGGUCGACCAGUUCCUGGUUAUCAAGUCGAGAUAUUCCGCAAAGAUGGGAGCAAAGCGGCAAUACGCGAACUCGGUAGGAUCGUUAUAAAGUUACCUUUGCCACCUGGUUGCUUGUCCACCCUCUUUCUUGCCGACGAGAGGUUCAAGGAAGUUUAUUUCUCAACUUAUUCGGGAUAUUACGAUACAAUGGAUGCCGGUUACAUAGACGAAUAUGGUUACGUUUAUGUAACUUCUCGUGACGAUGACAUAAUCAACGUUGCAGGACAUCGUUUAUCGACCUCCGCUCUUGAAGACAUCAUUUUAGCGCAUCCUGACGUAGCUGAUGCCGCAGUAGUUGGUGUUCCAGAUCUUACUAAAGGCGAAGUCCCACUUUGCCUUUACGUCAAGCAUCAAGACACAACAACGAAAGAUGAAAUAAUCGAUGAAGAAUUGAUACUUAAUAUUAGACAAUUGAUUGGUCCAAUCGCAUCAUUUAGGAUCGUCGGUGCGGUUAAAAAUUUACCCAGAACACGUUCCGGCAAAAUUAUGCGCAAAUCCAUUGCGAAAUUGGCACGUUCUGAAAAAGUUAAGAUACCUGGCACGAUCGAGGAUCGAUCAGUGUUCCAUGAUAUAAAAGCGGUUUUACAAAAGUUAGGUUAUGCCGAUCAAGCGCCGGAUCCGGAAUGACGUCAUUACCAAUAGUUAGGCGUAAAUUUAUUUUUGAUUAUCGAUAAUAUUUAUACAUAUCUGUAACUACUUAAACAUAUAAAUAUAA